AUGUCUUCGGCCGGUAUAGCUGCGCUUAGUCCACUUUGCAAUGAGCCUUUAAUUUCUAAUAACAUUUUCCGAGCUCUGGCUGAUUUGGUCUCCAGCGAGUCCAUUUUGAUAUAUCUCUCAGUUUCGGGAUCUAUUAUCCCAAUGAGUGUUUUGGAGUCUGAUUCUAUUGAGUCAGUGAAGCUCAGGAUUCAAUCCUAUAAAGGGUUUGUGGUCAAGAACCAGAAGUUGGUUUGUGGAGGCCGGGAGCUGGCUCGUAGCAAUUCGCUGCUCCGGGAGUAUGGUGUUGGAGAUGGAAAUGUAUUGCAUUUGGUUCUUAAGCUUUCGGAUCUUCAGGUCAUCAAAGUUCGAACUACUUCAGGUAAAGAGUAUACUUUUCAUGUGGAACGUGGUAGAGAUGUUAGGUAUGUUAAACAAAAGAUUGCGAAGAAAGGGAAGGAAUUUGUUGAUCUUGAGGAGCAAGAAGUUGUUUGCAACGGGGAGCAACUUGAGGAUCAGAGACUUAUCGAUGAUAUCAGCAAACAUAAUGAUGCUGUUAUUCAUUUGUUGGUUAGGAAAUCUGCAAAAGUUCGUACUAGACCAGUCGAGAAGAAUUUUGAACUGUCUAUUGUGGCAUCUGAUUUGACUGAUGUGGGAAGCAAUGGAGUUGAUGGGAAAGUCAAUAAGAUGCAACAUGAUGUUGGGAAAGUGCUUUUGCCUAGGAAGCCUUCUUACAAGGAACCUAUGUUGGAGCCUUUUAUUGUGAACCACAAGAUUAAAUUGCCCUCAGCCAUAAAGGACAUGAUUAAUGCUUCACUUAAUGGAUUAAGUAGCGGGAAUCAUCCAGUCAGGUCUUUAGAGGGUACAGGAGGAGCAUAUUUUAUGCUGGAUUCAUCAGGGAAAAAGUAUAUUUCUGUGUUCAAACCAAUGGAUGAAGAGCCCAUGGCUGUAAAUAAUCCUAGGGGACUUCCAUUGUCGUUAGACGGAGAAGGGUUAAAGAAAGGAACAAGAGUUGGAGAGGGAGCAUUGAGAGAAGUUGCAGCAUACCUUUUGGAUCAUCCAAUGAAUGGCCACCGCUCGUUCAUUGGUGAUAAAGAGGGCUUUGCUGGUGUCCCGCCCACAUUUCUCGUCAAGUGCUUUCACAAAGAGUUCAACCAUUCUGGUGAUAUGACUGCCAAGCUUGGAUCACUGCAGAAAUUCAUGGACAAUAAUGGAAGUUGUGAGGAUAUGGGCCCUGGAUCUUUCCCUGUUAAGGAAGUACAGAAAAUCUCUGUGUUAGAUAUUAGGUUGGCCAAUGCUGACAGACAUUCUGGAAAUAUAUUGCUAAGCAAAGGAGAAGAUGGCAAGACUGUGCUGAUUCCAAUUGAUCAUGGGUACUGCUUGCCUGAAAGUUUUGAAGAGUGUACAUUUGACUGGCUUUAUUGGCCACAAGCUCGUGUACCGUACUCUGAUGAGGUAGUUGAUUACAUUAAUUCGCUGGACGCAGACGAGGAUAUCGCAAUUCUGAAGUUCCAUGGAUGGGAGUUGUCCCCCGAAUGUGCUCGUACUCUUUGCAUCUCCACUAUGCUCUUGAAGAAGGGAGUUCAGAAAGGUCUCACCCCCUUUGAAAUCGGAAGCAUAAUGUGCAGAAAAACCUUGAAUACAGAAUCCAUUAUGGAGGAGAUUGUCCAAGAAGCAAAGGAUUCUGUGCUCCCUGGAACAAGUGAAGCUGCAUUCCUUGAGGCUGUCUCUCAAAUCAUGGAUGGCCGCCUUCAUGAAAUUGUUAAGUCAACUUCUUGAUAGUGGCAAUUCAUUAAAAAAAUAAAUAAAAAAAAAGUAAAUUCAUGUUUAGGGUAAUUGUACAUGUUUGUGUAUGGCAGUUUGACAACAGGAUAUUUUGUCCAUACAAUUUCGUAAAGGAUUUUUUCAUUUCUUUUAUUUCCUUCCCUUCCCUUCGUAAUUCUUUCCUUGGCCAUUACUACAAUGUCUUUGAUUGAGUUAACUGUUAGGUCUUUGGUUCAUGACUGAAAGUAUUUCCCAGUUUGUAUGUAUGACAGAUAUAAAUAUAUGGCUUUCCUUUUCAUCA